GAGGGGGGAUCGCGCGCCUGCAGAGACAAAAACUUGGAGCUCGCCUCGCGCGGUGUCGCGCGCGCGCCCGGCUCGGCUGCCGCACGAACGGCGCGCGGAGCCACGCACGCGCCCGCUCGCCCUCUGCCUCCCGACAGUCAAGGGGACUCCGCACGCACACAGGGGACGGACACGCGCGGAAUCAGAAGAACCCAUCGCAAGCGAAGGGUGCGAGUUGGUUUAAGCGUUACAAAAAUCACAAACCGUAGACCGCUGAUUUCCCCCGUCACCCCCCCCCCCCCCGCCUUCAAUGUGUCACCUAAACGGUGUCAAGGUGUAAGAGGAUGCGCCUCGGUCGGGUGGGUGCCGAAGGCGUCCGCACGGGAUGCUCAAUGUGGUCACACGCGCGUGCGUAAUUGCACGCGAACGGAGAAUGCCGAGGGUCGCGGGACAGAGUUAGGGCUCUCCAUCUCACCUCCCUGCAAGCGACGACCGCCAGUCGCGCUGGUCGUGUCUGCUCUCCGCAGUUGCAUCUCAGCGAAAUCUGCGCACGGGCGCGAGCGAGCAGAGAUCAUCACGGGAACGAAUGCUGCUACUACUGCUGCUGCUGCUGCUCCACGCCCGUGCCACCAUGGCGGAUGGCACCACCCCCAGCAGCAGCAUCGCAUCGAGCGCGUCCGCCAACGUCUCACAGUGGGAACAGAGCGCAAGUCCAACAACCACCGCCAUCACCUUCACCACCACCACCACCACCAUCACCACGGCCGCCGCCGCCACCUUCGCCUCCACCAUCGCCAGCACCGCGGCCUCACCCCACUCCUCCCUUCUGGCCGUGCUCACCCUCACACUCCUCGCAGCGCUCACCUUGGCCACGCUUGCGUGGAACGCGCUCGUGCUCGCCGCCAUCCUGCGCGUUCGGAGCUUCCACCGCGCGCCGCACACCCUGGUGGCCUCGCUGGCCGUCUCCGACCUCCUGGUCGCGGCCCUCGUCAUGCCCCUGGGCUUCGUGCGGGAGCUGCACGGGCGCAGGUGGCGCCUCGGCCGCACGCUGUGCCACGUGUGGACCUCGUGCGACGUGCUGUGCUGCACGGCGAGCAUCUGGAACGUGACGGCCAUCGCCCUCGACCGCUACUGGUCCAUGGCGAGCCAUCUGGAGUACACCCUGCGCUCGCGGAGGCGCCUGUGCGCAGCGAUGGUCGCGCUCGCCUGGUUCAUGUCGGCCCUCAUCGCAGUGGCGCCGCUUGCCUCCGGGCGGGAGCAGGACGGCAGCGGGUACUCGGAGGAGACGCUGAGAUGCCAGGUGAGCCAGGACCCUCCCCUCGCCGUGUGCUCCACCGUGGGCGCCUUCUACCUCCCGCUCGGCGUGGUGCUCUUCGUCUACUGGAAGAUCUACCGCGCGGCCAGGCUACGCUUCGGCAGGCGAUGCCGACAGAACGCGGUCACCCCCAUCUGCAACCCCGUGCAGGACGAUCACCAGGAGUCGGCCAGCUCCCGCAAGCCCGAGGCCGUCUUCUCGGCUCGUCACGCCGCCGUCACUUUCCAGGUGGCCGAGGGGGAGUCGUGGAGGGAGCGAAAGGAACGCAGGGCGGCGCUCAUGGUUGGACUUCUCAUCGGCGUCUUUGCGCUCUGCUGGAUUCCGUUCUUCGCCGCCGAGUUGGUGAGCCCUCUGUGCGGACCUGCGUGUGACGUUUCGCUGGAGUGGAAGAGCGUGUUCCUUUGGCUCGGUUACUCCAACUCGUUCUUCAAUCCGCUCAUCUACACCGCCUUCAACCGCAACUACAACAGCGCCUUCCGCAGCCUGUGCGCCUGCAGCCAGCGGUGACGCCUCCGUUCGCCGAAGCGACAAACAAGCCGGCACCGAAGCAAAACGCCUCGGUCUUAGCCGGAUAAGUCCCUGGGGCGGGUGGGGGGGGCUGGCUUCUCCCGUUCAUUCUCACCGCCACCGAGGCGUUCGAAUUAUUUUCGGGCAUCUUGUCCCGGUUAAAAAUAAAAUUUCAGAUCUGGCCUCUGGCGAGACUGCGGCAGGGGCAUUUGAAUGGCCGCGGUGAGAUGUGAUGUGAUCCGCAGCUUUUCUUUGGGUUGCCGAGGGAUUUAAGCGAGUGCCAUGGACCGUCCAGCACUUGCAAAUCGUGUCACUGUUGUGCGUGCUCGACUCGCCAUAAGGACAAGAGGGGCGUGACCUUAGUAGUGGGAGGGGCUACCUUGGUAGUGGGCGGAGCUACCUUGGUGGUGUGCGGAACUACCUUAAGUAGUGAGAGGGGCUACCUUAGUCGUGGAAGGGGCUAACUUGAUCGUGGGCGGGGCAAGCUUAGUAGUGAGCGGGGCUUCCAGAGGAGGAGGCGGGGCCUACGAGUCAUGGGUGGGCCACACGUCAGGUAGGGGGGGAGAUAGUAGUUUAAGUGGGCGUGGCUAUGUAGAAGUGGGCCGGGCUUUCCGGAUUACCGUGUGUCCAAGGUUGAGCGUCACCUACCGAACUCGCCUAACGCGGACGUGUCGAAUGGCCACGUCAGCCACCGCGGGCGGCUUGAGAAGGAAGCCGCUUGCACUUACUUAGAAUUGGACAGCAGUGUAUUGAUUGUUGUUGUAUGCGUGGCUUAACGCCGAUUGCUGGAUGCUUUGGAGCGAUCAGGCGUGGUGGUAGCGGUGAUGGUGGCACGUGCAUGUGAUUCAGUGCUCUGGAGGCAAGGGUUGGUGGAUCACCAAGCGGUUGUUUUUUUAGUUGGCUGCGAGGUGGUGACUACGAGAUGGAUUGUGCAGUCAUGAGCUCUUGAAGCCAUCUGUGCGGAGUUUUGAACGUUGUCCCCUCGCUUGCGUGGUGGAGUUUUUUGUUGGUGUUUCUCCCCAGUUCCUCCGGUUUCCUCCCGCGUGUGAAAUUUCUCAUUUUGUAAAAAGAGGAAUCGGCCAAACUUCUCAAACCGAGCCCCGUUGGACAACAGCGGCCAGACACUCUAACAAAUAAACAACACUGACAAA